GAAUCUUUCUUUCGGAGAGGAAAUGCGUGAAAAGGGCUUUACUUUAAAAGACGGUAUAACAUUUUUGAACCAUGGAGCAUUUGGUGCUGUGCCGAAACAAGUUCAGGAUGCUCAAAGGAGACUUAUUGAUGAAAUGUAUGAAUUACCUGAUUUGUGGGGUAAUAAAACAGAGUCCAAAAGACUUGAAGAGGCUACAACUGCAUUAGCUGGGUUUGUUAAAGCUGACGCAGACGAUUUUGUUUUAGUACAGAACACAACAACAGGUGUCAACACUGUACUGAAGUCGUUAAGGCUGAAUCCAGAUGACAUUAUUUUGUACACUGAUAUGGCGUACUGUGCAAUACAAUACACGUGUGAAGAGCUUGUAAAACAUUCAGAGUGUAAAGGUGUCAAAACACACGCUCUUUCAUUUGAAUUCCCUAUUAAAAGCGAGAGUGACGUUAUUGAGGCUUUUAGAAGUUAUCUCAGCGAGAACAAAAAUGUAAAAAUUGCUAUAAUAGAACAUAUUUCAAGUCCACUUUCUGUAAGAUUGCCAAUAGAGAAAUUGAUUCCACUCUGCAAGGAGUAUGGAGUUCUCAGCCUGAUAGAUGGUGCUCAUGCGCUAGGGCAAAUUCCACUGAAUCUUCGAGAGCUUAACGCAGACUUUUAUACAGGAAAUCUACACAAAUGGUUCUACUGCCCGCGAGGAUGUGGAUUUCUGUAUAUGAAGAAAAUUCACAAGGAUUGGGUAAAACCGCUCGUAACAUCAUUUCGUUAUUUUGAGGGGUUCCACAAUAUGUUCCAUACACAGGGCACACGUGAUACAAGUGUCUUCUGCGUUGUACCGGAAGCUAUUAAAUUCUAUUCAGAUAUUGGUGGUUAUGAGAAGAUACACAACUAUGCAGCCCCAUUGAUAGAGAAAGCUGCAAGAAUGUUAACCGAUGCGUGGAAGACAAAAACUUUACCCAUACCGAAAUCAAUGGAACCUCCAUUUAUGCGACUUGUUCAAUUACCAAAACAAAAAGAAGAUUUGAAAGAGGAAACCAAGCAAAACAAGAUUGUGGAUAACAUUAUAAGAAACAAAAUUGCUAUAUAUCCUGUAAUAUUUGGAGAACACACCUACUUACGAAUUACAGCAAACGUUUACAACACUGAGGAAGAUUACAAGAAGCUUUGUCAGAUUAUAGAAGACGGACUGUUUUAAAAAGGAACGUCAAUUAAGUAGGUAAAUUGAGUAGGUAUGUGCUCCUAGAAUCAUAACAUCUGUAGCUUACUCGACUCAGUUUUAUAUUGGUAAAUGUUUGUAUAUUGAUAUGAGUACUCUUGUUGACUGUUUUACAGUGCGUAUCAGUUUUAAAUAUCAUGUCUAUAAAUGUCAGUUUGUUGUACAACUGAUAUGGAAACUAGAUUUCCUGUAAGACAUUCGAUUUUUAAAUGACUUGGAUUAAAA